UUUAUGUGUCCACUUGAUUAGACCAUGGUGUGCCCAGAUAUUUGGUUAAAUAUUCUGGGUGUUUCUGUGGAGGUGUUUCUGGAUGAGCUUGACAUUUAAAUUGAUAGGUUGAGUAAAGGAGGUUGUCUUCCCUAAUGUGGGUAGGCCUCAUCUAAUCAGUUGAAAGUCUGAAUAGAACAAAAUGUCUGACCCUCUUCUGAGGGUCGAAGAAGGUAAGACAGAAUUCUUCCUGCCUAACUGCCUUUGAACUGGGGUAUUGAUUUUUUUUUCCUGCCUUUGAACUCAAAUUGAAACAUUGUUGCUUCCUGAGUCUCCAACCUGCCAGCCUUUGGACUGAAACUAGCUGUUGGACUUCCUGGGACUUGCCGGCAUCCAUAAUCAUCCUGAUGGGCUGCUAAGCAGAGGACCCAGACAAUCUGUGUGCAGACUUCUGACCCAGAGAACUGUGAGGAAUGCAACAUAUUUGAACAGCACAAAGGAAGUGGAUGGGAGCAAGGCUAUGUUGGAGUAAGGAAACAAUGCCAGAUGGCGACGUGAAUGUACGGGGACAAAGGAAGAGAACCAAAAAUACCUCAAAUAUGUGGAUAUUUUCUUGGUUUUGUGCCAUUUUAAUUAUCUUGGCUAUUGCUGGUGUGGACACAAUAGUAAAGACCACACCAUAUACCAAAUUCACGAAGAAGUCUGAGGGAAAAGUGAUGCCAAAGGGUCCAAAGCCAUUCAGUGGCCAACCUCCAGAAGAAGAAGAAACCCCCUUCACAGAAGCGGCUGAAAUGGCAGAACCAACCCCUGACCCCUCAGCUUUCAAUCCUGACUUUGGUGCUGCCACCCUCUUCCCCUCUGAAAACCUUGCUCUUGCCACGGCUGAUUUCUUCUUGAAUUGCUGUGAUUGUUGUUCACCUGGACCAGGGCAAAAAGGAGAACCUGGAGAGACUGGAAAGCCAGGUUUUAAGGGAGAAGCUGGUGAUAUGGGGAUCCUAGGGCCACCAGGAGUCACUGGACCCCAAGGUCCAAAAGGCCAGAAAGGAGAGAAGGGACUUAAGGGAGAACGUGGGGAGCAAGGAACAAAUGGAGUUCCAGGAUACCCAGGAAAACCUGGAGAACCAGGUGGACUUGGUCCUAAGGGAGAUAGAGGAAACAUUGGCCUGGCAGGAGUGAAAGGACAAAAAGGCUCGAAGGGGGACACGUGUGCCAAUGGUACCAAAGGAGAGAAAGGAGAUAAAGGAGACCGAGGGGCUGUGGGUGCACCAGGCUUGAAUGGAGAGCCUGGGGCCAAGGGAGACAAGGGGGAGAUGGGGGAUAAGGGCUACUGUGGAGAUUCUGGGGAGAGGGGGGGGAAAGGAGAAAAAGGCAAGGAGGGCAUGAAAGGAGAAAAAGGAGAUAUUGGAAUGGAGGGGAAAAGUGGUUCAGACGGGCUGCCUGGGCCCCAAGGUGAUCCAGGAGUUAAAGGAGAAAAGGGAGAGUUGGGUCCUCCUGGUCUUGUGGGACCUGCAGGGCCAAAGGGUGAGCUUGGGAGCAAAGGGGUCCGAGGGUCUAUUGGGAAGAAGGGCUCUCGGGGCCUCAAGGGCUGCAAGGGGGAGGUGGCUAGAGUCCCACGGUCAGCUUUCAGUGCUGCUUUAUCCAAGCCUUUCCCUCCUCCAAAUGCCCCUAUCAAGUUUGACAAGGUUCUCUAUAACGACCAAGGGAACUACAGCCCUGUCACUGGGAAAUUUAAUUGUAGUAUUCCUGGGGCAUAUGUUUUUUCCUACCACGUCACCGUGAGGGGCCGACCUGCUCAGAUCAGCCUGGUGGCCUGGAAUAGGAAGCAGUUCAAGUCCAGAGAAACACUCUAUGGUCAUGAAAUAGACCAGGCCUCUCUCCUCAUCAUCUUGAAAUUAAAAGCAGGGGACCAAGUCUGGCUGGAAGUUUCAAAAGAUUGGAAUGGGGUGUAUGUCAGUGCUGAGGAUGAUAGCAUUUUUACUGGGUUCCUUUUGUACCCAGAGAAAAACCCUGGCAUUUCACCAUAAACUUGUAUCUUCAACACUGUAGUUUGGGUUUAGUGGGUAACAUUGGGUAGUGCUAUUGAAAAAAAUAACCUUCAUUUUUUUCAUGAUUAU